AUGCAGUAUGCAGUAAAACAGGCCCAGGUCGCUACAAGUGCAAAUGCGCACUGGGAUUUACUGGAGACGGUGUUGUAUGCACGGUGUCUACUGGAAACGAAAUAUUCCCCAGCUUGUGAUUGUAAAGUUGUUGCCUCACCUAUUGAUCCUUGUCAAAUCAACAUGGGAAAUUGUUCGAAAAAUACACAAUGUAAUUAUUUGGCACCUGGAAAGUCAAACUGUUCCUGUUUGCCGGGAUAUGGAAAUUACACUGUGCAAGCUGGUUGUGAUAUCAUCAAUGAAUGUGACUUGAACGACUGUCGUACUUUUGGUGCGGAAUGUUUUAUGUCAGCUCCUGGUGUCAAAGAGUGCCGUUGUAAAAAUGGUUAUGUUGGGAACGGAACAGUUUGUUAUGGAUCGAUUUUAGAGAAAGUUAUAGAUUUACAUGCGACAGGCCCUUACAAGAACAAAUUAAGAAAUAUCCAGACCAUCAUCAAACAUCAUGCAGACUUGACGCUGGCCUUCGCCAAACGAGGGCCCUUCACCGUUUUCCUUCCAACAGACGAUGGACUGAACAAGGCAUUUACUAGUCGGGAUCUUUACGCCAUAAUUGGGGACUCACAGAUGGUGCAUGAUUUAGUCAUGGCACACUCUGCUGCUGCGUUUUUACCAUCGAGCUUGCUACAACACAAUGGCCAACUGACCACUUUAAAGGGAUUUCAGGCCAUGGUGUCGGUGGCCAAGGAUAGGCGUUUGUCUUAUCAGCUGAAUAAUCGCUCAGAAAAGCCCAAUAUAUUGUCGCCGGAUAUUUUUGCUUCAAAUGGUGUCAUCCACGUGAUCGAUGGUGUCGCAUGGAAACCAGACUUGACCAAAACUUCAGGAACGUCGAAAACCCUUUGGCAGAUGAUCAGCGAUCUACCAGAAGCUCAAACAUUCAAAGAGCUUGUCGAGAUAGCACGUAUGACGUCUGUCUUUCAAACUUCUUCGAAUGGUUCGACAGUGAUUGCCCCGGUGAACGAAGCGUUUGAACGUUUGGACAACGAAACCAUGUCAUACCUACAAUCGCCCACAGGCCGUGUGAAACUCGAGGCUAUUAUAAAAAAUCAUGUCUUCCCUUCAAAGUUUGGUGUUAUCGAUAUUUCUCGACUGUCUUCUCUGACUUCGCUUGCACCAGAGACGGUUUCUGUGACGGUUAAUGAAAAGCUGCGUGUUUAUCCCGUGUUUGGGAAUAUCCACGGUUGA